AUGGAUGAGAGCGAGGGAAUGACGCUGUUGGCAAGAGUAAAGGUCGACUCCAGCGACAGCGACGGCCAUGUCAUUUCGGAUCUCAACAUCGCGCUUAUAGUCAUCACAAGUGUCUUGGUGAUUGUGCGACUAUACGUAAGAGGCAUAGUCGUCAGGGGUCUGGGGUGGGAUGAUUUGUUUGCUCUUCUGGCUUGGGGCAAUGUCACCGCAUUGUCAUGCGUAGAAGUCAUUCUAGUGACCAAGGGUGUCGGGACUCAUAUGGAUAAAGUGCACAAAGCCGCAUUGGCUGAGAUGUUUUCAUUAAUGCCUGUUGAUAAAAUGCUUUUCAUAUCAUCGGGUUGUUUUGAUCUUUCAUGA